AUGUCAUCUUCAACAGCAAAGACAGAAAAUAUCUCAUCAUCCGUUUGGUAUUCAACUAAUUUACAACAUCAGCAAAGAACACAAAGUCAAGCAUCAUCGGAAAAUGUCAAUAUUUUAGUAAACAGCGAUCAUAGAGAAGAAGAUGAGUCAAAUCAGUCAUCAUCAUCCGUUCCACCCCAACAACAAACUGCUUCAUUAUCUCCACAAACAAGUGAUAUUGAAAUCAAUAAUAAUACAACGACUCAUUUGCAUAACGGUGUUAAUCAGCAAUCAUCGUCGAGUGAACAACAAGUUUACGUAAAUGGAAAUGGUAGUGAUUCAGAUAUUCCACCACCA